AUGACCAUGGAGAAGCUCGAAACUGCACAAUACCAUAGUCACUCAGACACGAAGGAGCCAGGCCACCACGACAACAACAAUGCAAUCCCCCCAUCUCCAUAUUCAUCGUUACCACCACCAGCACCACCACCAGCAAGCCCCUAUCGCGCCUGGGCCCAAGUCGUCGUCGCCCACCUCGGCUCCUUCAACAGCUGGGGAUACAUGAACUCGUUCGGGCUCUUCCAGUCCUAUUACGCGACCUCCCUCCUCCCGCCCACCACGGCCCCCUCCUCCAUAAGCUGGAUCGGCUCGAUCCAGAUCUUCCUCGCCUUUGGUGUGGGCUCCGUGUCCGGUCGCGCCCUCGACGCAGGCCACCUGCGCGCCGUGGUCCUGGCCGGCUGCUGCCUCCAGAUCCUCGCCAUCAUGACGGCGUCCGUGUCGACAGAGUACUACCAGCUCCUGCUGACCCAGGGCCUGUGCAAGGGGCUCGGGGACGGCUUGGUCUUCUGCCCCACGGUGGCCAACGUCCCGACGUACUUCCCCGCCGCGAGGAAAGGCGGGAAGCGGGCGGUCGCGAUGGGCGUCGCGGCGAGCGGCACGGCCACGGGCGGGAUCGUGUUCCCCCUGAUCGCGCAGAGGCUCAUGCCCAGCCUGGGGUACGGGUGGACCGUCCGGGUGAUGGGGUUCAUUGUGCUGUUCAACGCCGCGGUCAUGCUGGCGCUCGUGCGGCCCAGGAAGAGCGUGAUGGCCAUGUUUAAUGGGUUGUUUGACUGGUCCGCCUUUCGCGACGAGCCAGCCUACGCGCUCUUCUGUGCGGGCAUGUUUUGCGCGUGGCUGGCGCUGUACUUUGCGUUCUACUAUGUCACGCCCUUUGGCAAAACCUUUAUUGGCAUCGACACCUCCCUGUCCCUGACGCUGCUGCUCAUCAUGAACGCCAUCGGCGCCCCGAGCCGCGUCCUCUUCGGCGUGAUAUCCGACAGGCUGCUCGGCCCGCUCCGCGCGCUCAUCCUGGCCGUCUCGUGCACGGGCGCCGUCUUCUACGCCUGGACCGCGGUCCGCGACCUGCCGGCGCUCGUCGCCUUCUGCUGCCUGUACGGCUUCUUCGCGGCGGCCUGCCAGGGCCUGUUCCCCGCCACGUGCGCCAACCUGACGGCCGACCCCAAGAAGAUGGGCGCCAGGACGGGCAUGGCCUUUGCGGUGGUCUCGGUGGCCACGCUGGUCGGGCCGCCGAUUGGCGGGGCGUUGGUGCAGGCCAGGCAGGGAGGGGAGUAUCUGUAUGCGCAGGUGUUUGGGGGCUCGGUGCUUGUUUUUGGGGCCGCGCUCUUGGUGCUUUCGGGAUGGACUAAUUGUCUGAGCCGUAUUCCAAAACCAGAGAUUUCCGAGGUGCAUAAAGCAGCGACAGCAUUCCCUGAGUGA